AUGGGACCCAGCUGGGUCAACCGCACACAGAAGAAUAGUGCUGAGGGAAGAUUCCAGAAGAAGCCCUAUAGUAGACCAGUUGCGUCUUUAUGGAAACCGAGGUGCUAUAAUUGUGGGGGUGAACAUCUGCAGCGAGAUUGUACUAGACCCACCCGCAGCGGAGGCAAUGGCAUGGGCACUCGUAAGUGCUAUGCCUGUGAUCAGCCAGGACACUUUGCCAACAGAUGUCCUAAUAGGAAGACUGCUCCAGCAUCACGACCUCAGCCAUCCUCAUCUGACAGGCCGAGAGCCGCAGGCCGGGUUUUUGCCAUGACCAGCACAGAGGCCACCCAGUCAGGUAAUCUGAUUCUGGAUCAUUAUUUACUUUUUGGUAACAGUGUGUUAGUGCUAUUCAAUUCAAGAGCUUCGCACUCCUUCAUAUCUCAUGAUUGCGUGAAGAAAUUGGGGUUGUCUACUCGUGACCUUGGAUGCGAGUUGAUAGUCUUGACACUCGUAUCUGUACAGGUUUCAACAAAUGUAGCCUGUGUUGGAUGCUUGAUGGAGGUAGAGGACAGACGCUUCAAAAUGAAUCUAGUUUGCUUGCCCUUGGAGGGAUUGAAGGUCAUACUGGGAAUGGGCUGGCUGUCUAUCAACCACGUGGUGCUUGAUUGUGGACGGCGCAGAAUUGUAUUCCCAGAAACAGAGGGGAUAGAGUUGGUGACGUCUGGAGAGGCAGUGAAAGAGAUGAAGAGGGGAUCGACUUGUUUUGUGAUAGUGACCCAAGAGAAGAAAAUGAGUAUAGAACAGCAGAUCAGUAAGAUACCGGUAGUGGAUGAAUAUGCCGACGUAUUUCCAGACGAGAUACCUGAGUUACCACCCAGCCGGGAUAUAGAUUUCUCAAUUGAUCUAAUCCUUGGAGCGGGUCCAGUGUCGGCAGCGCCAUACAGAAUGGCACCGGCUGAACUAGCAGAGUUGAAGAAUUAG